AUGGAGUCGCAGAUCAAAAUGCUGAGAGCUCUUCUGGAAGAAAGGUUUUUCAAUUCUUGUUUAGUUCACCAAGAAGAUAAAAAGAAUGAAGAGAAUAGCUUCUGUAUGGAUUGCUGUUUCAGUUUGUGCGUCCAUUGCAUGCCCCAUCACAUGUCUCACAGGAUUUUACAGAUAAGGAGGUAUAUGUACAACGAUGUUUUACGGUUGAAAGAUGCACAGAAGAUAUAUGAUUGCUCUCUUAUUCAAUCGUACACGACAAACAGUGAGAAAGUUCUAUUAUUGCGCCCGAGGCAACGUGUGUCACCUCCGGUAAGAGGUUCCAGAUGUACGUGUUUCGUCUGCAAUCAGAGCAUCAAGCCGUCCUUUGUUUAUUGCUCAAUGGUUUGCAAGUUUACUAAUGAGACUGCAUCGAUCAGUGGUCAGAGAGUAUACACCUACAGUUCAAGAAGUGUUGGGAGGAGAUUCCUUAUGCCUGGUUCUGUUUCAGAAUGUCUUGUUUCAUCCGUUGAAAGUUCAGUUGAAGAAAACGCAACCAAUUAUGAAAGCAUGGCCUUUAAGCAAAAUAUAUCAGCAACUACUUCAACAAGCAAUGGCUUCACCAGAAAAUUGCAUGCCCGAAAAUGUGUUCCUCAGCGUUCUCCACUUUUUUAAUUUACUUGAGCACUUCUUCCUGAAUCCGAGGAUUUUGCUGCUGUUAAAUUUUGCAAGUGUUGCAUUUUCGUUGAUGUGAUGUGAUGUGAAAUGCUACACUUGCAAAUAUUAUGUGUGCAAGAGUUACUUGACAUAUUAUAAUAGUUGCUUGUAAUCUUCUAACGUUGCAAAUAAUAAUAUUGGAU